AUGCGUUUGAGAGCGCAAACAAACCACGCGAGGCACCAGUUCCAAGUCUGCUCAGCGAGAAGGACAGCAGAGGGGUUCUUAUAUACAGGAGCAAAAAUGUCCCUUUGGAGCUCAUACAAAUCUCUCUCCCCCAAAACACGCGCUGUGUUCGGCAUAGGACUGAUGGCGUGGGCAUCCCUUGGGAUGAUGAUUUCGCCGCAAGUAGAGAAGACACUGGGGAUGGUGCCUUCUGAGCAGGAGAAGGAGGAGUUGGAGAGGAAGUUGGCGUUGCGGGUUGAAAGGGUUGACAGGGUUGAGAAGAGUGGGCGAUAA